GUGGCGGAUAAACUCCAGCGUCCCAGACUUCACCAAUUUCUAUCGCCUUCUUCAUACUUCCACAGUUUCUGGGGGAAAAAAAAUGCUCGUAGCUCAAUCUCAUGUUCAUAGUCUCCUAAAUUCAAGCUGCCCCAAAACUUCAUCACCUUCAUUUGCACUGAGUUGAAUAACAUCAAUAACUGUGAAGCAAGUCUAUUAGUCACUGCAAUUCCUUUACCCAAGGAAUGGACGGUCGCGCUCUAACGGCCUCCUCCUUCUUCACACCUAUUGAUUUAUUGCGACCCAGAAGAGUUUCUGUUAGAAAUCCGUGCUUUAAUGGCAGACCCAGUAAGUUUUCGGUUCUUGCUUCCAAAGAAGAGGCUGAGCUCGACAAAUGGGACCAAAUGGAGCUCAAGUUUGGCCGCAUGAUUGGCGAAGACCCCAAAUUAACACUGGCCAAGAUAAUGAGCAAAAAAAUGAACACCGGCGCUUCUUAUCUUGAAGUUGAGAAAUCAUUUUACCAGAAGAAGGGUAAGCUCAACGAGGUAGAGGAACUUUCUCUUGAUGGUUUGAAUUUGGUCAGACCUCAGUUAAAGAAGGAAAUGAAGUUAAAAGCUGCCAAUAAGCCACCAGCACCAGAUUUAAAGAAACCAAGCCAAGCAGUUAGUCCUAAGGGCAGGGUUCCCAAUGUUAUUUUGAGGAAACCGACAAUUUAUAAGGAGGAUGAUGUUGAAGAUAAACCGUCGAGAAUAAGAAUGAAGCCAAAUUUAUCAUUGAAAAUGAGCAAUGUAUCAACAAAGGAGAAAUAUAGCGAUAUGACGCUGUUGAGGAAGCCAGAACCAAUGGUUUCAAAUGAAGUUAUUGAUGAGAAGGAAAAGCUAUCUGGUGAAGAGAAUGUUGUAAAUCAGGCUAGUAAGGGAUCAACAAGUGAUCGAAUUGAUGGGUUUACUCUUUUUAAGAAGCCAGAAAUAGGUGAAAACACAAGACUUGAAAAUGAACGGGAUCAUAAAAAUCUCGAUCAUUCAGAAAGUAGUACAGUUGAUGAUAAAAACGAAAAUGUGUCUGCCAUUUCUGAAGAAACCGAAGACGCCUCAUCAUCAAAGGAAAAUGGGAUAGAUAAUAAUUAUUUUGCUGUAGGAUUGCGGCCACCCGAGCCAAGUGAUAUGGGAUAUAUUGAGGACACACCAGAUUCGAGCAAAUCAUUAAGUGAUCUUUUGGAUUCGACAAUAAAAUUGUCCAACGAAGCUACGUUGUUGGGUAAACCAAAAAGGGUAGAUUAUUCUUCAAAUGAAACAUUAAAACUCGGUGGAGAAAAGACCUCGACUCCUGAUGUUAUUGGUGCUGGUGAGACAGAGAACUUCUCUGCUCUUCCUGCUUUGGAGGAACAUGAACUUGCUGACUGGACUAAAGCAGAAGAUCUGGCGAAGUCAGGAGACAGAGCUGAUGUGGAAAUAAUAAGCUCGACUACCCGAGGUUUUGUUGUAUCAUUCUGCUCCAUCGUAGGAUUUAUUCCAUAUCGUAAUCUUUCUGCCAAGUGGAAGUUCUUAGCUUUCGAGUCUUGGCUAAGACAGAAAGGUUUGGAUCCCUCACUAUACAAGCAAAACUUGGGAAUUAUUGGAAUUAGUGACGGUAGAAGCCCGAACUUUGCUAGCACUAGCCCGGAUCCAGAAAUUGAUGUAAAAAAUGGGAGUGAGCUUACACCUGACAUGAAAUUGGAGGAUCUUCUUCAAAUUUAUGAUCGAGAGAAACUCAAAUUCUUGUCAUCAUUUGUCGGCCAGAAAAUCAAAGUAAAUGUGGUGUUGGCUAACAGAAAAUCAAGGAAGCUUAUAUUUUCCAUAAGGCAAAAAGAAAGGGAAGAAUUGGUCGAGAAAAAGAGGAGUUUAAUGGCUACUCUGCAAGUAGGAGAUGUUGUCAAAUGUUGCAUCACGAAGAUCGCUUAUUUUGGUAUCUUUGUCGAGAUCGAAGGAGUGCCCGCUUUGAUUCAUCAGACUGAGGUUUCUUGGGAUGCUACUUUAAACCCUGCAUCAUACUUCAAGAUUGGUCAGGUUGUCGAGGCAAAAGUUCAUCAGUUGGAUUUUUCACUUGAACGCAUAUUCUUAUCGUUGAAGCAGAUUACACCAGAUCCGCUCGCUGAAGCAUUGGAGUCUGUGGUUGGUGAUCACGAUCCCAUGGAUGGAAGAUUAGAAUCAGCCGAAGUGGACACCGAGUGGGCUGACGUAGAAUCUCUCAUCAAGGAACUGCAAAAUACUGAAGGUAUUGAGGCUGUAUCCAAAGGGCGAUUUUUCCUUAGCCCUGGCUUGGCUCCAACCUUUCAGGUUUAUAUGGCUUCUAUGUAUGAAAAUCAGUACAAAUUACUUGCUCGAUCUGGAAACAAAGUACAGGAGCUGAUGGUUCAGACAUCAUUGGAUAAAGAAACAGUGAAAUCUGUCAUCUUAACUUGCACCAACAGGGUACAGUAGCAGUUUCUUGAGUCUCAGAGGCAUUUUACUGUGAAGAAAAUUUUGAUUGUGAAAAACACAUAAAGCGAGCAGCAUUAGAACUGAUCUUAUUCUCUUCCAGUUUGCUUCACAGUGAGAAGAAGCCUUUGUAAUUUUGCCCAAAGUCUUAUCACUUGUGGGGAAGUAAAGGAACUAAGCUACUGUUGAUUAAAACUCAACCACAUCAUUGUAUUUAGAGAUUGUUUGUAGCCUUCAAGUUCUUCCCUUCAUUCUGUAGCUGUGAUUAAAGUUAUACAGUUAAAUAUGUAAUGAUAAAAAUCUUGAAUUUUGAUUAUGGAAGACCUAUUAAAAUUUGAAAUGAAAAUUGAUGUGACAUGA